AUGGCCGACGACAACACAAGCCUCGAGGAGCUCCAGCGACGCCUCCGCGCGCUCCGGCCCAAGCAGGAUGGUGAUGACGACUCUGGGCCCGAGUCUGGGCCUGGUGCCGCCCCACCGGCGCCCGAUUUUAGCAUGUUCAGGUCGGCACCGGCCGCGGCUUCUGCUACGGCUGCUGUGCCAGUCAAGCAACGAGUGCAAAGGCGGGCGCUGUCUCCUGGCCGCGAGGAGCGCCGGGAGCAGCAGCUCAAGCAGCGUCAGGAGGCCCGCGACCAGAUACGGAACGAGAUGCUGCGGUCGAUGAAGAAGAGGGACUCGUCUACGAGUCCAUGCCUUGGCUUCACCGCGGCGUUGGCCACCAUUUGUUUGGUUGGGUACCUCAUGUUCAAUUACUGGCCCGAGUCGGGUUUCCGGAUAUGA